GGAAAUUUCCGUCAUAGCCAUUGCAUUGCCGGGUUAAUGCGUUUCAGGUUUCACCACCACCAAAGCCUUAUCUUUUCUUGUGCCGCACCCUUCUGCUACUCGAGAUUUUGUACUUGGUACAUUGCAUACCGUUAGCUAGUUCUUUAGCCAUUUGGGUCGGUUUCUUUGUGAAGCUUGUAGCAAAUGCAGAUGUCUGCCUGCACCGAUUUCUGUUCCCUGCAGAAUUCAUCAUCGUCAUUCCAUGGAAAUGGAAUCGUUCUUCCAUUGCCUUUCUCCAUGGGUCGGCGCCGGUUUUUGUCAUCGAUUUGUAUUCGAUCUUCAUUUUCAACGAGAGAAGACGAGUAUGCUUCCCUGCCCAUUUCAGUCGACAUUCCCAGAGAUGGAGUCCAAGGCUUAGUCGAAGGAGCAACGCCUGACAUGAUGAAAAGGCGGAUGCUACUCGCAAGUAUUUCAGUGCUUCUAUGUUGCAAUCCUCCAAGAUACAUGCCAGCAAAAGCAUUGGGGGAUCCUUCGAUGACGCUCGAACAAGUAACUCCUCCUGUUAUUGGCCCUGGAGCACUCUUUCCUACAGAGGAAAGAGUUGUCAGGCUGUUUGAAGGCAAUACAUACUCGGUUGUCAAUAUCUUUGAUGUGACUUUGCGCCCACAGCUAAAAAUGACUGGUGUUGUUGAGAUUCCCGAAGGAAAUGGUUCUGGUGUUAUCUGGGACAGGCAGGGGCAUGUUGUCACAAAUUACCAUGUGAUAGGUAAUUCACUUUCAAGAAAUCCGAGUCCUGGUCAAGUUGUUGCAAGAGUAAAUAUUCUGACAUCAGAGGGGAUUCAGAAGAAUUUUGAGGGAAGGCUGAUUGGUGCCGACCGUGCUAAGGACCUUGCUGUAUUGCAGGUAGAAGCACCUGAAGAUCUAUUGAAACCGACAAAGCUGGGGGAAUCUUCUUCUGUGAGGGUUGGACAACAAUGCCUAGCAAUUGGAAAUCCUUUUGGUUUCGACCACACACUCACUGUGGGAGUUAUUAGUGGGCUUAAUCGAGAUAUUUUUAGCCAAACUGGGGUAACGAUUAGUGGUGGAAUUCAAACAGAUGCUGCUAUCAACCCAGGGAAUAGUGGCGGCCCUUUGUUGGAUUCCAAAGGAAACUUGAUUGGGAUUAAUACAGCAAUAUUUACUCAGACAGGGACAUCAGCUGGAGUAGGGUUUGCCAUUCCAUCUUCAACCGUGGCCAAGAUUGUACCCCAGUUAAUUAAAUUCGGUAAAGCUGUUCGAGCUGGUUUGAAUGUGGACAUUGCUCCUGAUCCAGUUGCGAGUCAACUCACUGUUCGUAAUGGUGCCCUAAUUUUGCAGGUUCCUACUAAUAGUCUUGCUGCCAAGGCUGGCCUACUUCCAACCACAAGAGGGUUCGCUGGGAACAUAGUAUUAGGCGACGUCAUUGUUGCAGUGGACAAUAAACCGGUGAAAAGCAAAACAGAGUUGGACAGAGUAUUGGAUGAUUACAAUGUCGGGGACGAAGUAGUGUUGAAGAUUCAGAGAAGUGGGGAGAACUUGGAACUACCUGUGACUCUAGAGCAAAGAAGUUGAGCAAAGAAGUUGAUGACCGGGGUAGGCUUCCUCGUGUAAUAGAUUCAGAGUUUUGCAGUAAAAAAAAACUGUGUAGAUAUUUCAAGCCCAGAUCCUUACAUAUCGUAUUCAACAUUUUGAACAUACUUCACUGAUAGUUGAUAGAUAAUGCACAAUCUAAGUUGUUGAAUUGAAGGCUGAAAUCAAGGAGCAGUUUGGAACAGAGCUCAUUGAGCUCAACUUACUUUGUUCAUAAUGGUGCAAGUCUGUAACACGGUGUGCUCUACCGUCCAUGAUGUAAUUAAUAUAUUGGUGGAUAACAAGCACUUAUUCUCUUCCUUUCUUUCUAC